AUGGCUGAAAGGAACACGCAAGAGUUUCAUCCAAAUACUAGUGCCAGUGGUUUUAAUGAAGGGACGGUGAGCAAAAUAGAAAGCAAGAGAAAUGACGAGCAAGUGUGCUACAGGUGUGGCGGAAAUUAUACUGCAAAAACUUGUCGAUUUAAAACAGCAAAAUGCUUUAAAUGUACAAAAACAUGUCAUAUAGCGUCAGUGUGUCGUAGUAAAACCAGUAAAGAGGUUAAGCCUGGUGCAACAUCCAAACACGGACAAGCAGGUAGAGGUAACAUUCAAAGUUUAUCAUUGUACGAUAGUAAUAACGAUAAUGUCGACAGUGAUGAAUUAGGUAUUUAUUCUUUAUAUUCAGUAGGUUCAGAGAACCUACCUUGAGAAAUGUCAGUAAAAUUUUUCUUUAUAUUUUCAAAUAUGUCUGAACAAAUUGACAAAUUAUACCUGUUUGGUCAUAUGCAUGCUAAUGAUAUUCUUGCCUUAUAUACUUGUUAACUAAUUUUUUGGCUGCGCAGGGGCUUUGGUGCAUGGCGUAGGUUUAAGAAUAUGCAAACGUCUUUAAUUACCUUUAGCCGUAGGUUCGGAUUCCCUUUGCGGAUAGAAAGCCAUUUGUUUUCUUUGCUGGUACUUCGGCUUGAAAUCUCACGGUUUGGAAUUAUGCCGGAAUGUUGCACCGGAACUGUGCAGGGUGUACAUUUUCACAAUGGUGCAUGUCGUAUAAUUUCAAGUUUUUACAAAUAACAAAAGAAUACCUUUUAUUGAAAUAAGACUUAAGGACAGAAGAACUAAUAUGAAAACACGCGUCAGGAAUUCUUUACCUUGCUCUAGAAAUAAAUUUGUAAAUUACAUAAAAUUGUAAAUGACGUACAUCAUAUUAUACUGAUUUGGAUGAAGUUGAUCAUAUACUUCCAAGAGUAAAAAUCCUCCCAGUGCAUGCAUUCGUAAAGGCUCUUUGUUCCUAUUUGCCAACACCGACGCCAUUUUCAAUCGUGAUGCAUUGUGGUGUAGAUAAAACUAAAGUAUCUGUACCUGAACAUACGUACAAACACGAGAUUACGUCGUAGACGCGAAAUUAUACAAUAUUAGUCAAUACGCUGGCGUGGUUUGUUUCUUAACGUUCCGAAAAAGGAGUAAAAACACUUCCAGGUUUCAAAGGAGGCCACUUGAAUUGAUUACCUUUUUUAUAGUGGUACUAGCCUCCUGACAAAUUGCUUUCGUUUUCCACGUUUAGAAACAAACUCUAUGGUUUAGAAACAAACCAUAGAAAUUAAAUACGGAUACACACACACUCACCAAUCUAACCUUAUAUCCAUUUUUCUUUCGCCAGAAUUAUACUCCAAGGUUUACGACCUCUUCUUCAUGUUUUCAUUUGAAUGAACUGGUAACAGAAGCGCUUGAUAUAAUUGGAAAAUUAAACAAACAG